CCCAUAUUGUCUAAAAAAUGCUGCCAGAAGAAAAUUCCUGAAGCGUUUGUUCGAGGCUCAGCUGCCGCCAUCAGCAUCUCUGUCUGGAAUUCAACCAGCAGCUUCUGAGGACAUCUGCUACUGGUCCAUCACACACACACGCUGAACCAACACCUAUAAACAGACCAGAAAGCUGUGGUAUUCCCAUUUAUCUCUCUUCUGCAGGAAGGAAUCAGCGGCAGUCAGGAUGGCAGAGAAGAAGAUGUCGUCGUGCCGGAGGAAUCAGCUGAAGAGCUUGCUGCUGCACAUUGGUGCGGGGAUGCUGGAGGAGGAGGUGCUGAUGGCCGAGGAGGAGAAGAUGAAGUACAUGGAGGAGAGCUGCCCAACCCUCUCUGUCCCAGGCUCCAUGCAGGAGCUCCAGGAGCUGUGCCGGAAAAUUCACAAGGAGAUUGAUUUCGUGGACGAAGAGCGAUACGACAUGGAGAUCAAAGUGAAAAAGUCCAAUAAGGAGAUCGACGACCUGAAAUUGAUGAUCCAGAAUCUGAAGGGGAAGUUCCAUAAGCCGGCCCUAAAGAAGGUUCGGAUGUCGGCCGACGCCAUGCUCGCCGCUCUGCUGGGCUCCAAACAUAAAGUGUCUAUGGACCUGAGAGCCAACCUGAAACAGGUCAAGAAGGAGGUCAAAGAGGAGGAGAAGCAAACAAGCGACUGGAGGAAGAACAUCGAAGACAAGGCCGGGAUGGGCGGCAGGAAGAAGAUGUUUGAGACAGAAGCUUAA